AUGGUGGAUGCCAAUUUGAAAUUUAUUUACGUGGACAUUGGUACCAAUGGAAGAGUUAGUGACGGUGGAGUUUUCCACGAAAGUACUCUGAAAAAUAAUAUUGAGCAAAAAAACCUAAACCUUCCAGGGUGGCAGUUUCUCCCAGACACAGAGGAACCUGCUCCUUUUGUGAUUGUGGCAGACGACGCCUUUCCCUUGGAAGAGUAUCUUCUAAAGCCGUAUCCGGGGAAAUUCCUGGAUUUAACGUGCAGGAUAUUGAACUAUAGGCUGUCUAGAGCUCGAAGGGUAUCGGAGAAUGCGUUUGGCAUUUGGGCUUCUCGAUUUCGCAUUUUUCAAACUCCGAUUUUGACAGGUCCUGCUAAGGCAAAACAAAUUAUUUUGGCUGCAUACUCACUGCACAAUUUCUUGAGGUCAAGAUGCUUUGAGCUGUAUUCUCCGAUACCCUGCUUAGAUCGAUAA